AUGCGAGUGUUCCUAUUCUCAACUAAUAAUUACUUGAAGGAGAAAGUGGGACUUUACCUAUCUUACUUGACCCCAUUUUUCAUUUCCCUGGGAUUUCUUUUGGCGAUUCCUAGAUUUUUGAAUUCGGCCACUUGUACACCGUUGGGCGGUCCAUAUCCACAUGCUUCGAUAAUGAUUGCCUCGUUUAUUGAUCAUGAUGCGAAGGUUACGCCACUUCCUAUGAAAAUCGAAGUGAUAAUCAAUCCAUUUGUGCUGUUAACAAUUGCAUUUUUGAAUAUUUUCAUGCUGCUCAAACUUCGCCAAAGAAAACAUUUAAGUACAGUAACCGGUCGAAAACACAACUCAAAGGCCGAAAAGGUCUUAACGGUGACAAUGGGAUUGCUCACUCUGCCAGUCCUAAUCAAUAUCUCAAUUUCACUUUUCGAGAUUUUCGACGAAUUUCAUUAUUUUGUUUUCCUAAUUGGUCCGGUUUUAAUUGAUGCUCAAUCUCUAUUAAUAACCUGUUAUUUCUAUUUCACUCAUCCAAUUUUUAAGACAAAAGUGACGACUUUUGUUACAAGUAGUAACAUUUCGAGAUUUUAA